AUCACCGCGUCGUACGUUGCGCAUUAAGUCCACUAAGCAAUGUCAUCGAUCUGCACUGCCUGCGCGAAAAUCUCACCUGCAACUCGAUUGCUCAGAUUGCAUCCAGAUGUUAGCAGUCUGCGCGAGUCUGCGCUGUUCUGCCCUCUUUGCUAUAUGAUCCUCGGCGCACUUGAGAGGGCCGACCUCAUCAAGAAAGCAGAAGAAUACAGGGCCCACAAGGAUGGCGACGAGGAUUCCGCAUAUGUGCUUGUCAACGACACAUCUGUCACAGUGUCGAUCAACGGUCAUGAUGCACGUGCAGACGAAAAAGCAUGGACGCUGAUCAUAUCCUGUGGGCCCAUGAAGCGGGAGCGUUUCAUGCGCCAAACCGAGUACUACAAAGCGCCAGCGACGUGGCUGAACAUUUAUGCUGAAGAGGGAUCAGCAGCAGCAGAAGCAGUGAUGACGAGGCCGCUCACCAAUAAUGCUAGCAGCGAAGGAGCGCUGCGUCUCAUGGAGAAGUGGAUAAAGACCUGCGUAGAUGAUCACCACAAGUGCCAGUGGGGGUACAGUCGGAAGGAGCUCGACUUGGCUGGACCCAGCGAACAGGAGGGGGCUAGACUGAAAGCAAAAUACAGCGAGGACAAAAUCGAGCUGCCUACAAGAGUGAUAGACGUCCAGGCUUUUGAGGACGGGGUCAAAUUAGUAGAAAGCUCAUCUGUUGGUGGGAAGGGAUGUUUCACCGCCCUGAGCCACUGUUGGGGCAAGAUCAAGCAUUUCAAGACAGAACACGCUACGUACGAUCAACGUAAGACGAAAAUAUGUAUCCACGAGCUGCCGAAAACCUUUAGAGACGCUGUUGAGAUCACUCGGAAACUUGGUAUUCGCUAUCUCUGGAUCGAUUCUAUAUGCAUCGUCCAAGACUCUACUGAAGACUGGGCCUACGAAGCCUCACGCAUGGCUUCUGUAUACAUGAAUGCGUACGUCACACUCUCAGCUACAUUUGCGGUGGAUGGUAACGGAGGUUUGUUUGCUGCACGGGUACCUCCACCAUCCAGUGUGUCUUUGAAGUACAUUGACCACUUGACCGGAGCACAAGACGGUAUAUGGACGAUACAUAACAGGAACAGUAAUUGGUCAGAACACGUCCGUCGGUCUGUUUUAGCAAGUAGGGCAUGGACACUUCAAGAGAAGGAGCUAGCGCGACGCACGCUUCACUUCGCUUCCGACCAAGUCUCAUUUGAAUGCCACGAGAGCAUUGAAUUCGAAACGCAACGACCCGGGGUAGGAACAAAAGCACGAUCUGUUUCUUUCCAAUACCUCUACUGGACCAUCUUGGGAAUACGUGAUAAUGCGACUGCAACGGCGAUCCUCAUACCAUACUUGGUAAACUCACGCUGGUGUAGAAUCAUCGAAGAUUACACGACUCGCAAGUUGACAGUGGAGUCAGAUAAGCUUCCUGCGCUAGAGGGACUAGCAAAUUACAUCGCAGAAUUGACAGAGGAUCGAUAUUGCUUCGGGCUAUGGAGAGCGAGUCUCGAAAUAGGGUUGAUGUGGAGGUCAGCCCCAUAUGCUGACGCCGACGAACGAAGAGGUAGAGUCAGAGGUCGAGCACCGACCUGGAGCUGGGCAAGCAUGGAUGGAAGAAUUUACUUUGCCGAAUUCGGUACCGAAAUAUUGGAGGCACAUACUACCAAUGCCAUCGACAUCAUUGACGUCGGCACAGAUGGGACAUUGACCGUCAGCGGUCGACUGAUCAGCUUGCAUCGUGGUAAAUUAGGUUUACAGGGACCGUGGGACUGGAACCAAAUGGUCAAAUUCUACAAUAGGAUGGAGACGAUAGAUGUGAAGACCAAUAUGGCGAGGUAUGAGCCUGUUCGAAGUCAGGAUCAGCAGUGGUUCGGGUUCGCAGCACUAGACGACAACGUGGAUGUGGAGGAUUUGCAACAGCAAGAGGUAACCGCUCUGUUUAUGAGACAGAUGACGAGGAAAGAUAUAGACACCGCAAAGCUAAGUGCGGACCAGUUCAAGGACAGUUACCAGGUACUGUUUCUGAGGAAGACAGACGCAGAGCAAACAUAUGAGCGAAUCGGGAUGGGUCAAGUAUUCUUGUGCGACGGGUCGGAAGACAUGGAGAAGAAGACGCUUUAUAUUGUCUAAAGAAGAGUUUCAUAUAGACCAGCGAGCUAUUCGUAUCAUGAGAAUGAGAAUCACAUAGUGCCACCUUGCC